AUGGUACGCCAUGUAGACUGCUUCGAAAGUCACGGCCGAAGCGCGUAUGAUGUAACAUAUUUAACCUCAGCGGACUAUUUUAAUCGAAUCUUAGAUAGAAAUAUAGAGUCUCCCCUUUCUGCACAGCUUCACGUUUGCUCCAACUGUUCCAAGCUCAUCCUUUCCUCCGAAUUCAAUCAGAUGGAGAUUGGAAAUGCUUUUGAUCAAGUUGCACCAAGCUAUGCAUCUUCAUCUGGUUCAUCGCUUGCAUGCGACGUUUUUAUUAACCAUCGGGGAGUCGAUGUGAAACACAAACUUGCCAGCACAAUCUAUCAUACACUUCAUCUGUUGGGAUUGCGGGCAUUUCUCGAUGUAGAAGUGCUUGAGGCCGGCGAUGUCAUACCAGUGGAGAUACAAGCAGCAAUAGCUCAUGCAUCUCUUCAUAUUGCCAUUUUUUCUCUUAACUAUGCCCAAUCCCCCUGGUGUUUGGCUGAGCUAUCCUUCAUGCUCAAAACUGGCACAAAAAUCAUUCCCAUUUUUUAUUAUGUUGAUCCCUCCGACCUCAGAUGGGUUAUUCAAAUGAAAGGAGUUUAUGCUGAUGCAUUCUUUCAACAUCAAGAGAAGGGUAGAUACACCUCACAUAAGCUUGAGGAGUGGAUGAAAGCGCUCAAGUACGUUUCUUUACUCUCGGGCUAUAUGAUAAAUGAUGAUAGCAGGGAUGAGGGGAGGGUAUUGAAGAAUGUUGUGAAUUGUGUAUUGAAAGCCAUGAAAAGAGUUCCACUCGAGGUGGCCAAGCAUCCUGUUGGAAUGGAUGAGGCUGUAGAUAACUUUGAGAGAAAUGCACUCCAACCUGCCCAGAAGCACCACAAUGUAAAAAUCGAGGGGAUUGUGGGCAUGGGAGGUAGAGGCAAAACCAGUUUGGCAAAAGAGCUGUUCAAUAGGAAAUGCCCGUCUUUUGAAAGGAGCAGUUUUAAUUUUGAAGUCCGCUCAGCAGCCCAAAAUGAUUUGCACAAGAAGCAGAAAAAACUUCUCCAGGACCUCGGUAUCUCUGAUUUGUCAUUCGACAAUGUGGAAGAUGGAAAAAGAGUUUUGUCGAAUCUUUUGAGAUAUGUUCGUGCUCUCAUUAUUUUAGAUGAUAUAAGUCACAUAGACCAGCUAAAUGCUCUACUACCAAAUCUCAACAACCUUGGAUCUGGUAGUCUUGUGAUUGUCACCACAAGGGAGUUGGGAGUCCUUAAUUACGUCAUGGGAUAUCUAUUCCAUAUAUAA